AGUAUAUAAACAUAUGUAUACAUUUAUAUAGCUCAUUUCUUUGUUUUUUUCUUUCAUUUUUAAAUUUUAAAAUAUCCAAAGUUCAUUUACCAUUUAUAAUUGAAACAAAUGAAAUUGUGUUAGCUGUCAAAUUCAUAGUUAUGUAAAUAUCUAAAUAUUUACAACCUUCGUUCGGUCAUAACUAAAUUCAAAAAUGGCUUCCUCUGAUCAGGAUGCUAUAAGUCUACAAGUAUCACUACCUCAGAUGCUCGACCUAGCUCUUGGAACACCAGAGGUUGGAGCAUUCAAUUUUAAUCUUCUUCAUAAUUUUUUGCACGUUGUUCUACAUCAAAUUGAUUUAAAAAAUACAAAAGUUGAGUACAGGGGUGAUAAUGCAAAUCGAAUAAAGACAAUGGUUUCUUCAUUAAAAUCUGGACCAAGUAUUGCAUUGCAUGAAUACAGUAUAACUGAUGGAUCAGGUAACAUAUUUCAAAGGGGUGAAAACGCUGAAGGAUUGUCAAGUCCUGUUGACAUUGUAGCUGCAGAUAAAAAUAAUGGAUUGAGAAUGUCAAAGGGAACCAAACAACAAGUUGGACCUGGAGCUGGCACUGCACUCGAAUCAAUAAUAUAUGUAGAGCCAGUUUUAGAUGGAGCAACACCAACAGGACUAGCUUUUAAAGAUCUAGAUGAUUCUGUAAAACGACUACAGCAACAGUUUCAAGCAUUGGAAGAACUUGCUACGACACCAGAAAUGGUGGAACGUCUCAAGACUAGCAGAACUGAUCCUCUCAGUGACAUGUGGCAUGUUAUUAACAUCAACAAAAGACUUGAUGCUACUGAGCAGGGAAUUAAUAAAGCAAUGACAAUGCUUCAAGAUUUAAUAAAAGGUGAUAAGAUUGAAAUAAUUGGCUCAGACAAAGCUCCUGAAGACGUAAAAAUUCUCAAUGAUAGAAUUACAGAAUUAGAAAUGAAUUUAGUUUACUUAAAUGAUGAUUUAAAAAAUAUAAAAGAAAGUCAAAAUACCAAAGUAGCAUCUACAAAAAAUUUAUCUCCUACACCUGGAAAAUCUGAACAUGAAAAAAUGCCAAAAUCUAAUCAAGACGUUCCAACAGCUGGUUCUAAGUCUUCUUCAAAAUCACCAUCGUCAACAUCUGAAAAUAAAGAAUCUUCAGCUUCUAAAAUUAAAAAAAGUGAACCACAAUUACCUAUUACUAAUUCAAAAUCACUGGUAGCAGCAUCUGAUACGUCGUCUCCUAAAACUUCUAAAACUGAUUCACCUCAAGCAGAUAAUUCAACUACAUUAAAAGAGGUAAAAAAAGAAAUAUCCAGUGUAUCAGUGGCAGAAGAGUCUUCAAAACCAGUUGAUACAGCUUCAGAAUUAGUCAGUGGUUCUGCUGAUAGUUCUAAAACUGAUAAUAAAAAAGAAAUAAUAGAGGCUCCUGGCCAACAGACGACAACCAGCCGAGCAGCUAUUACCAAAAGUGGAUCAGUUAUCGGUAAUAUUGAUUUGAGUGAAUUAAAAACUGAUGUUGACAAUAUAAAAACAGAAAUGGAACAAACAAAGGCAGAUAUUUCUAACAUGAAGAAAGAAGUAGAAAAAACGAAACAAGAUACGAUGGAUACACAAUUAAAAGUUGAUAAUUUAUCAAAGUCUAUGGAAAAUUAUAAUAUUCCAAUUGACAAUAAUAUUAAUACAACAAACAAUUCUCUUGAAAAUGCUCAAUCUUCCAAUGUUUCAAGUAAUAUUGAAAUUCCAGAAGCUGUUAAUGAUGCUCGUACUGAAAGUGGAACAAAUAUACAAGCAGAUAAUUCUACAUUGGCAAAUUCGACAUCUAAUAAUGCAGCAUUAAAUGAUGCUCAUAAAAACGAAAAAACUGUUAAGUUACCUUCAGUCGUCAACACUCAAAACUCGAGUAAAUCCAAAUUAUCAACACCAAAAGUAACUGGUAACAAUUCUCAAGUUGAAAAUAUCUUAUCUACACCAAAAUUAACUGGUAAUAAUUCUAAAGUUGAAAAUAAUUCAUCGACACCAAAAGUAACUGCUAAUAGUUCUAAAGCUGAAAAUAAUUCUACACCAAAAGUAACAGCUAAUAAUUCUAAAAUUGAAAAUAAUUCUACACCAAAAGUAACUGGUGAUAAUUCUAAAGUUGAAAAUAAUUUAUCAACGCCAAAAGUAACUGGUAAUAAUUCUAAAGUUGAAAACAAUUUAUCAACACCAAAAUUAAAAGAAAAUAAUUCAAAAAAUGAAGAUAAAAAAAGUCAAUUAAUUGAUGGACAAAAAUUAUUCCUAAAUUUACCUGGUAAUGAAGAUGAAAAAAUCGAAUUAAUGGAGGCCAUUCGUAAUAUUGAAAUAAUGUAUGGUGAGGCAAUACAAAAUUUAGAAGUUCGUAUAUUAUCACUGGAAGAUUCAAUCAAGACUAUCAAUGAAAAAAUGUGUAAUUUGGAGGAUGGUUUAGAAUGUAGUGCUGGUGAUGGAAUUCAAGAAAUUCAGGAACUCGUUACAACAAUUCAAGGUAUUCAAAAUGACAUUGAAAAAAUUAAUCAAACUGCUGCGAGACUUUGUCAAGAAAAAGAAGAUCGUGAUAAAUGUACAAAAGGACUCAGUGAGCAGAUUGAGUUGUUGAAAACUGUUAAAGCAGAUAAAGAAGAGCUUCAAGGUGCACUUGCUGAUAAAGCUGAUGCUCACACAGUCAAUAACAAGGUAUCUUGUGAUAAAUUUGACACAACAUGUGAAGAUUUAACUCGCUGCUUGGAUAAUACAAUUGCAAAGCUAACUCAUCAAGAGUACAUUUGGCAAGAAGCACUUGACUCAGUGCAGCAAGAAGUUGAAGGUAAACUUGAUAAAAUUGAAAUAUCACCAAUCAAAGAAUUCGUGAAUACUCGCUUGAAAUUACUUCAAGAUAAGUUGAAAAUACUUUUUGACAAACGUCGUGAAACUGAAGCAGCUGGAACAAGAAAAAUAUUAACUGAUGUACAGUGUAUAUCAUGUGACAAGAAAACUAUGAUGAAAGUAACUGAAAGCAUAAAUUAUCGAUCAGAUCCUAUGCCAUGCAGUAGAGCAAUAAAGCCUUAUUUGAUUUAUGAAUUAAAUCAAGUAAAAAAGCAGCAUAAAAAAGUACCAAGUCGUACUGCUAUUCAAUUUUCUCCAGCAUCACCUAAAAGAUCAAAGUUUGACCAGAUGGAUAAACCAUCAAGGGAUCAAAUUUGUACUCGAUAUUGUGGGGGAAGUCAUACCAUAACUUCACCUCAUCAAAGAAUCAUGAGAAUGGGCCAUUUCUUAGCUCAAUGGGGACCAGAAGCAAUUCAACUUGGUGAAGGUGUUGUUCAAGGAUCAGAUGGACAACUUUAUAAAAGCAGACCUAUGCCUUCUGGUGCUGUUUCUAGAAAACCAGAUCCAUGUGAUCCUUGUACUUGUAAUGAAACAGAAGUUAAAAAAACAUCUCCAGUAUCUCGUCAAUCUUCUGAUGUAACAGCAGCAGCUCCACCUAAAACAAGCCAAAUCAGUCAAAAUAAAACAGUUAGUACAACACAAGCAACAUCAAGACGACAGAGUAUUAAAAAGACUGCAAAUUCAUCAAAAGGACUUCAUUCAACACAAUCAUUGCAACGAGAACCAAAGUCUUCUUCUAAUGUUUCUCCAACUUCAUUAACCAUUAAACAGGAAAAAUCAGAAGAAAAAUUUACACCAAGUCCACCAAUUUCUCCACAACGUACUUCAAUCACAAUCUCAAAAAUAAAUGAGGAAGAAGAAAACGAUGAUGAAAGCAUUGAAGAAAAUUAUGAAUAAAUUUAACAAAAAAUUAUUGAUAUAUAAAAAUUAUCAAUGAAAAUACAAAAAUCGAAAGAAAACAUCAAUUUAUUUCCAUUUGAAAAAUUAUUGGUUCUAACAUUUCUUGUAUGUAUUUAUUAAAUUAUUUUUAUUAUUUAUAA